AGCUGUUUAUCCUGGCGGCUGGCGCUUAAGUCAACAUAACAAGUUUGUGACGGGAUAUUUAAAAACGAACAUGCAAGAAACAUCCAACAAGUAAAGAUAUAACAGCGUGUGAGUUGAGACCUUCAUUUUCUAAAUUGUUGCUCACCAUGGCCGAGGAAGGAUUACUAAUUCAGUGUAAAUCAAACAAAUUGUUCAAUGCUUUCUUCAGUAAACAGUUUAUUUCUACAGAGGUUUUAAAAUAUCAAGAUGCCACUGAUGACAGUACUGCUAAUUCUCUUAUGUCACUGCUGAGAAUGGAUGCAUCAAUACUGAAGUCACCUUUCAAGGCUUAUGCAACACAAUUUGCCAUACAGGUUAUUGAUGGUUUGAUAAUUGGACAUCCCAAGAUUAGUGGAACAUUUGUGUAUUCCAUUAUAUCAAAACUUGCUAGCAAGGGAGAACUCAACUUCCCAAGUAUUCAAGAUAGCGUUAAUAACUACCCUGCUCUAGUCCCAACAAAUGUGAUUGUAGAAUUGGAAAAAAUAGGAGUAAUUUCUAUAACACUCUACUUUCAAAGUUCGACUGAAUGCCCGUCAAAGAAAUUAGAAUGGAUUAAUCUACUUUUUGCAUCGGCACUUGCUCCAUGGCAAAAUUGUAAACCACAGGAACAUAAUUUAUUCGAAUACUUGUUGACUACUAUUAUUCAUGUUGGGUUUGGAGAACUACCUGCUGAUCUCCAGAAGACCAUUAAUGGCCAUACUGUCAAGUUUGCAGUAUCAUUGUUCAGUGAUUUAACAACAAAAAUAUGGGAAUUUUUGUGGGAAUUUUCUGAGAAAGAAGUGCGUGCUUUUGAAUUCUCGAACCAAGGAUUGCACUUUCAGCUUUCAUCUCUCAAAAAUUGCUACCUUGAGCAAUUGGCCUUUUUAAUAAGUUACAAACCUGAAAUUAAACCUGUCACAGCCAUCAAAUUGCAACAUGAAUGGACCUUCUUCAGAAGUCCCAAAAAUGUUGUAAAUUUAAUAGUUCAGCUUUUGAUUCCCUUGGAAGUGGGCACAGUUCUCGACAAAAUUGACGAAAUUCUGAAUCGGUAUGAUAUCAACUGGAAAAGUUUACUGCUGAUAGUAUCAGCAAUUCAAGUUUGCUAUCCUACUGGAAGCAAAUAUUUGAAAGCUCUCAUAAAUAGUUUUAUGCAGCGUGCUUUGGAUAAUUUACAAAUGGAUUUGUUACUGGCCUCUUUUCUUCUUGCCAGACAAAUCAACGCGGAAAACACAAGUAGUCCUCAUUACGGUGCUUGGUUCUCUUCUAUUACUUCCUCAUUAACUACAUCUAAGCAAUUUGCGUUCUUGCUGAAAUUUUUGACGAACAUUGUUCGACACGAACCCCAUUGGGUGCUACUGGCUCAUAAAAAUAAUCCUCCUGUUAUUCCUAUGGUUGAUAAUUGCCGUAACUUAUGGACGGAUUACUCUGCAUUGAUCCGUACUCGGAUAGAAGAUUUCAAGGUCAACCAGUCUUCAAAUCAAGUUGUUGAAGAAGACUCAAACUUGGUCAAAGAAGUUGACACCGCUCUUGCUGCAUUUGAAAAAAGUGAUAGGCGGAAUCGUCGCAUACCUAGUUCAGUGAUCGAGGCUGCAAUUUUUCGUAAGCCAUACUUUGUCAAUAAAUUCUUAUCGGUUCUACUCAAACCAAGACGAGUUCCCGAUCCUUCCGACAUAAGAGAGGAAUUCAUCGAAGAACUAAGGAAAUCGGGUAAGCUUCCAUUGGUUCAAUAUGAAGCUUACUGCACUGCUUGUCGAAAAUUGGGACAAAAUAUCCCAGAAAUUGAACAAAUGGACUGGCAAGAACCUGAAGGAAAACCCAGCUAUAAGACUCUUAUGAAUCAGAUUGUGCUCUGUAAUGAAACUCGUCAGCAGUCAGUGCUUUUUGAACACUUGGAUAGUCUUCUAGGGACCGUUCUUCCCCCUUUGGAAUCCUCCGCACCUGUUAUCAUAUUCAAUCCUGAAAAUAAUGAAAUGAAAACAAAAAAUGCAGUGGCAUGGAAGAUAGCCGAAUGCUGGAUAGAUUCAGUUCAAAGUUCAUAUUCGAUUGAGAAACAACUUGAAUGGUUAAAUCGAUACUUUCUUCUUUUUUGUCGAUAUCCUUCGUUCAUCGAAUCUCUUUAUUAUCUUGUUUGGGAUUUCACCCACAACUGUAGAGGGAGUGAUGAUUUGCUUCGAUGUUAUGGCGUCGUCAUAUUCUUACUUAGCCACAACAGUCAUAUACUUCUACCUGUUCGCUAUCAAGCUUUUGAUGGAGCUUUCAGUAUCCUAUUAAUGGAUGAAGAUCAACUCGCUAUGAAUAGAGAAGAUUCGAUUCCUUUCCAUUUACGAUUACUUUACUACACAGUGACGGAGGCAAAACGUCAAAACGAAUUGAGUAGCGUUCCCCUGCCUUCAGUACUUUACCUAUGGCUGUCUCGCAGAAUAUUUCACAGUAACAUGAUGCUGCAAUACAAGCAGUAUCUUGCGUUGAGUGAAGAUGUGGAGUUUCGUAAAGGAACAAAACUACCGCUACGAAACUGGCUUAAACUUGAAAUGACCGUGGAAGCUGACAUGGACGUGCUGUCAUGUUCUGAGAGACCUGGGUACUUGCACUCUGUAUUGCAGGAUUACCAAAACAUCCAUAUGACAGAGUUAUACCCCAUCAUUCUUGAUUCCAUAAUUGAACGUCACAAUUCGACUGGUCGAGCAAACUACUCUAAAGACCUCCUCUUGCUAUUGCAAUCACUCCUCUGUGAAGAUCAGCCAACCUCAACCUCGGAUUCUUCUGCUUGGCUAAUCCAAUAUUGGUUGCAACUCCGUCUUAAGAAAGGAAAUAACGUGGACCAAAUUUUGUGGAGCGUUGUUUGUUGUCUGCCGCCUUAUCUUCUUAGUCGAAAUUAUUAUUCCCAGCCGGCUCAACAACCUACGUUGAAAACACUCGUUAAUUUAAUCGAGAAUGACUGGCGAAACACACUUACUUCUGAAAGCGCUUGGUUCCCAAAAAGUAUUGCAAGUCAUCUUCUGCGUGCCUUAGAAGGCACGUCAUCUCAGGAUAUUCCCUGCCUCCAGUUUUCCGCCCAGAUUCAUGCUAUUCACGAUGCCAGAGUUGCUUCAGGGCCGUGGAAAACCCUCGAUAAGGCGCUGAAUACGUUUCAUCCUUUGCUGUGUGACCCACAAAAUGCCGAAACGAUUCGAUGGAGUGGUUUGACAGAAGUGGACUUGUUAGCUUGCCAACUAAUGGCUCUUACGGCUGUAGUUUGGUGCGCAAAAGGAAUCACUGCUGAAUUGCCCUUAUUCAUUAAAGAACUUGGUCCAAACAUAUCUCGCAAUCCUAAUCUGAUGAAGGCAUGGAAAAUAACAUUCUGGACCGGAGAUGACUGCACGAUGCCAUGGAAGAAAAUCAUUCCUACUUAUAUGCUCAAUCUUCUGCCAUUUGUGAUAUUACGAAGUCUUAUCUCCUGGUCGGAUGUUUUACUUUUAACAGCCUCCGACUACUUGGAUGCCUUGGUUACAGCACACAACCAGUGGAACCAAACUACUCGUUCUUUUAUUGAUUCAGCGAGUGAGCAUGACAAUCAAAGCCAAGCAGACUAUCCCGCUGGAAAAAUUUUGGAUUUGUAUACUCUUGGCCGUCUUGGCUCUGAUGUCAAACAUAUUUUGAAAAGGGCCCCACUUCACACUCUUAAAACAUUUAAGCAAAGCUCGUGUUUUCGAUCGAUGGAAACUGAUUAUCAAGAAAUUGUCAGAGAAAAAUGCUAACGACAAAUGAAAGGAGAAGCAAAUGAUUUAGGGAUUUGAUGAGACGCAAUUAAUUACCCAGAAAAAAAGGAUGAUUUCGUUUUGUACAGAUUCAAGUUACUGCGGAAGGGCGGUGCCAGCAGCAUCGAUACGGUUUUCCACCUAAAGAAGUUUCCCGAUUUGUACAACUGGUUGUGUGUGGAAUAAAAACGUGGUUGUUAACUUAA